CCUGAUUAGUUUCCAUCGCUUCUACUUCUAUCCAUUUGUCUAGUCCGUUGGAAAAAUGAAAUCUGAAUUUGUGGAACAGGUGCAACUCUUGAUGGAAAUACAACAAAUUAAACACAAUGAACAACUCUUUGGAAAGUCAAAUUAUAUGUGGUUGUGCAGCAAAAAAGUUUCGAUGAUCUGGAUGUCGACUAGAGAUGAAUACAGAAUUCGGCAAGUCUUGAACAAGAUAACUCCUGACCAACAAGUGCAGAUAAUGAAACAACUACUAACGUGGUUGGACGACAAUCCCUUGGCCGAUGUAUUAAAAAUUCCUGAAGUAGCUUUAAACCUGAUUCAUAAUUUUAUAACCAACAACUUGAUCCACGAAGCCAAUUUUUCAAGGAUGAACAGCUUUAGAAACAGUUUAAGAAGAUUCUCGGUGAAAUCGAACAAGAUUUUAGCGGUCCCCACCGAACUGGGUGCGGGAGACAAACCUCGAAGAUCUGUUACUUUUAAUGAUGUUCCAAUUAUUUACAGAAUCUCCAAAUAAAACAAAACCAUAGUCGCUGGCUUAA